AUGGUGAAUCCAGAUCACAAAUUUCACUUAGCAGAUUUGAUACUCUUCGGAUUGACCAUAGUCAUUUCGAUUGGCAUCGGUAUUUACCAUGCCUUCAGUGGUGGUCGUCAGCGAACCACCUCGGAAUACCUGGUUGGUGGUCGGAAGAUGAGCUUCAUACCAGUAGCUAUAUCAUUAAUGGUGUCAUUUGAAUCGUCCAUAAUGAUGCUGGGUGUUCCUGCUGAAGUUUAUGUCUUCGGUAUUCAAUGGUGGAUUGCCUGUCUUGGAUUUUUUACCGCCAAUAUUUGUGGAAUUUUUCUGGUGGUUCCUAUUCUCCAUCCCCUUGGUUUAACUAGUGUAUAUGAGUAUCUAGAAAUAAGAUUCAAGUCCAAGGCACCAAGAAUAAUGGGAACUAUACUAGGGAUUUUAUCCACAUUAUGGUACAUGGGGGUAGUUUUAUUUGGUCCUGGAAUUGCACUAGAAGCUGUAACUGGCUUUCCGAAAUGGGCGUCUAUAUGUUUAAUUGCAUUAGCUGCUGCCAUAUAUACAUCAAUUGGUGGUCUGAAAGCUGUAAUAUGGACGGAUGUAUUUCAAGCUGUAGUCAUGUUUUGUGGUUGUUUUGCUUUACUGAUAAAGGCAACAAUUUAUGCUGGUGGACCGACAGCUGUAUGGGAGAAAGGAGAAGCUGGUGGAAGGUUUAAUUUUUUCGUGUUUGAUACAGAUUUUACAGUACGUCAUACAUUUUGGGGACUAUAUUUUGGGUCUCUAUUACGUGGAAUGGGAAUGGUAUUUAACCAAUCAACUUGUCAAAGAAUCACGUCAACCCCAACGUUGAGGGCCGCUUACAGAGUUUUGUUCAUUACGUCACCACUACACAUUGUGGCCUUAUCCCUAGCAGCUUAUGAAGGUAUUGUAGCAUUCGCUUAUUAUACCACAGUUAGAUGUGACCCCCUAGAAUCUGGACAGAUCACAAAUCCUAAUCAGAUCAUUCCUUAUAUGGUUAUGGAUAUAUUCAGGUCAUUGCCAGGAAUGCCUGGAUUAUUUUUAGCAUCUCUGUUCAGUGCUUCUUUAAGUACACUAUCAACUGGUUUAAGUGGACUAUCAGCUAUUUUUCUACAAGAUAUUGUCAAAGAAAAGUUUAAAACUUUAUCCGAAUUUAGAAGUACUCUUGUAGCCAAAAUAUCAGUCAUAAUAUCUGCCGUCUUAGCAUCUGGAAUAGCUAUAGUUAUUGGUGAAAUAGGUGGAACUAUGAUACAGAUAUCUGGUUCAGUAAUUUCUGCAUUUUCUGGUCCUUUAACAGGAUUAUUUUUACUGGGUGUUCUUUGUCCUUGGGCAAACUCAAAGGGCGCUGUAGCCGGGUCGAUGAUUAGCAUGGUAUUUUGCUCAUGGCUUGGAAUGGGAUCGAGUUUUUCCAGAACUUUACGGAAAACUCCAUGGUUGCCGCUAGCACCGAUUGACCACUGCCCAGUAGAUAAUUCAACGUUUAUAGAGUAUAAUAUGACUUCACCAUAUAUGUAUAAUCCCACGGUGAACGUAACGGAGGUAUAUGCCACAGAAUUACCCGAACCACAAGGUUUAGAUAGAAUGUAUGCUAUAUCUUAUACAUGGUUUGGUGCUAUAGGUGUUAUAUUAGCUUUUGUAGCUGGUGCUAUUAUUAGCUUGUUGACUGGCUCUAUGGAUAAAGAAGACAUAGAUCCAAGAUUAAUGGUGCCAAUAUUGAUUAAAUUAGGUUCCUGUCUACCAAAAUCUGUAAAGAGAUUCUUAAGAUUUGACUUAGACCUGACAAAGAAGCGAGAAAAGAAAAUAAUGUACACGAGGGAAGCUGAAGUUAUCGUCAAUGAAAAACCGCCCAAGAUAAUCAUGCCUGAAGAAAUGACUUUGCUGAACCAAAACAAAACCAAAAGCUGA